AUGGUUUUUGUAUCGUCUACCGGCCUCGUUCUGCUAUUUGGCUUUGUCGCCGCGUACUUCAUCAACAAACUUGUCAACUCGAAGAAACAUGAACAUCCUUUACCGCCGGGUCCCAAGGGUCUUCCUUUGCUUGGAAAUGUCAACGACUUACCGAAGCCAGAGGGUGGACUUGAAGCUCAUCAUUGGCUAAAGCACAAAGACGAAUACGGACCGAUCAGCUCUGUUACUGUUCUUGGUCAAACAAUUGUCAUAAUCAACGAUGCGCAGAUUGCACUUGAGCUCCUCAGAGACCGAACGCAGCACCAAGCUCGACCUCAUCUGGUCUUUGCGAGUGACAUGAUCGGAUGGAAGAACACGUUGGCGUUCAGCGGCUACACGGACAACUUCAAGAUUCACCGAAAGAACAUCGCCAGUGUUGCUGGUAGUAACACAUCUCUCAAGCUCUUCGACCGCGCCCAGGAAGAGGAAUCUGUCCACUUUCUGCUCAAUGUCCUCGACUCGCCAGAAAAUUUGUUCGACCACAUCAAGAAAGAGGCUGGUGCCGUCAUUCUCAAGAUCACAUAUGGAUACACUGCGGAGCCCAAGGGCAAGGACCAUCUUGUUGACAUGGCUGGCAAGGCAAUGCACGAGUUUUCCGAAGCAACGAUUGCCGGAAAGUGGCCAGUGGACAUUAUGCCAUUCUUGCGAUAUCUUCCCGAUUGGUUCCCAGGCGCCAGUUUUAAGCAGAUCGCCCGCGAUAUGGCCCACCAGUUGGAACAGACUACAGAACAGCCCUACGAAUUCGUGAAGCAGCAAAUGCGCGAGAAGAAGCAUAAAACCUCCUUCCUCUCCCAGGCUCUCGAGAAUAUCGGCACAGACGCAGGAAUGGAACGCAUCCACAAGUGGUCCGCAUCUUCAAUGUACCUUGGUGGCGCCGACACUACCGUCUCCUCCUUGAUGACAUUUUUUCUUGCCAUGACCGUGUUCCCUGAGGUUCAGAAGAAGGCCCAGGAAGAGCUCGAUCGUGUUAUCGGCGGCAGCCGUCUGCCAAAUGCAACCGACAAGGGUAGAUUGCCUUACAUCGAGGCCGUAGUCAAGGAGACUCACCGCUGGCACCCUGUUGCGCCUCUGGCGUUGCCGCAUGCUGCUACACAAGACGAUGUCAUCCGCGGGUACAGAAUUCCUAAGGGUGCAUUAAUAUUACCGAACAAUUGGUGGUUCACUCACGACCCAGCCGUUUAUGCUGACCCAAUGACCUUCCGCCCUGAGCGCUUCCUCGGCGAGACACCCGAACCCGAUCCUCGCACCUGGACUUUUGGCUACGGUCGCCGUGUCUGUCCAGGUCGUUACGUUGCUGACAACGCGCUAUUCAUCACCAUCGCGCAAUCACUGUCGGUGUUCAAGAUCGAGAAGUUGGUCGAGAACGGCAAGGUUGUGGAACCUGAACUGAAAUUCGAGCCCGGUGUCGUCAGCCAUCCAAUUCCGUACAGGACGAGCAUCACGCCGAGAAGCGAGAAGUGUGCGCAGCUGAUUAGGGACGCGGAGACAGAGUAUCCAUUUGAGGAGAGUGAUGCUCAGGCGUUGAAGAACAUCAAGGUGUAG